UCGGCUGCACACCACACGUGAUCCAGUCAGUUGACAGCAGGGCUAAUAACACGGCAGUAUAACUUCCAUCAGACCGAUAGAUAGAAAGACAGAAAGACAGACAGGUCGACAUGGACCACCAUCAUCACCGGGUGGACAGGGUGGGCCUCCUGUCUCCCCUGGAGGAGUCCAGCGCUGAGAUCAGCAGAGACAGCGGCAUCGUGUCUCAGAGUGCCAGCAGUCUGUCCAUGGUGAGCGACAUCCUCAGCAGCGGCACCGUGUCGCAGAGCCCCAGCUUUGGUGCAGCAGCAGCAGCUAACGAGCUCUCUCAGAGUCCGAGUCUCAACGAGGUAGCAGCAGCAGAACCAGGGACACCAGACCAGCACCACUACCCGGAGCAGGACGACGAGGUCCUGCACCACACCGCACUCAGCUACGCAGCCUACAUCAAGGCGACAGCCGGAGAAGAGAUCCUGUGCUUGGACAAGAGCUUGGAAGAAAUGCUAACAAGAGUAGAUGAGUUUGUUGGAAUGCUGGAUAUGAUCCGUAACGAUACCUCCCAGAUAGUGAACGAAAACCUACCUCAAAUCCAGCAGAAGUCAGAUGAAAUGAGACAAAUAUACAGAAGAAUUGAUAAGUUAGAGGCUUUUGUAAAGAUGGUGGGAGCCAACGUCACCGCCAUGGAGGAGCAGGUCACGCAGGCAGAGGGAGACCUAGGAACCCUACCGGGUGCUUUCAAGAAGAUCCUCCGCACAAUGAGCGUCCCAGGCUUCUUAAAUAAACCGGCCAGCCCGAGAAGACUAGCACCACACCAGCGCCAAGAGAUCCCCAGCGUGUUCCGGACAGACGAUUAUUUCACAUCACAGCCAGAGCAGUGACACGCUACAACGUAUUACACAUCACUUGGUUCUAACCUCAGAGGCCUGCUGGGUGAAACUAUAGACAACUUUUACUGCCAUCCAUUGCCAGAGGAUUUAUUGGUGCAGCGGCCUCAACAAAGCAAUAGUAGCCUUUCUGAACAAGUCACUGGAAGUCAAGUGCAGGAAGACAUUCAGCAUUUCUGAGUGUCAUUUUCCUGGCAGCAACAAGCACUGAACUGUAGCUAAAUGAUAUAAAAAGUGCCUAAAUGGGACUCAGUCAGUCUUGUUUUCACUAUUUGCAAAGAAAACAAUGUCAGAUGUUGGAUUUGUGACAAGUAAGGAGGACAAAGUCAUCCCACUCGCCAAUAGGACACUGUAAACAAGGUACAAUACGAGGAGCUGUAAAGCUCUUAAGAUAUAUUACAUAAAGAAUUAACCCAGCUUUUUAUAAAUUACAUUCCUGUUACUGGUGUUUGUAAAAAAAAAAAAAAGACCUGCACGCUGUUAUGAAUUAAUCUGUAUUUCUAAUGUCUCAUCACUCUCCCCGAGCAAUAUGGAUCUCAUCCAGUUAAGCAUUUAAUGUCUUCCAUUUCAAAAUAUUCGCUUUAUUGCUAGCCCGAGUUACUGGCUAGUUGCCUCAUUGAUAUGGGGGAGACAUCUUUGAUAGCACCUUUUCAAUAAAAGCACACUGUAGAUUAGUAGUAGGUUGAUAGUUCAUUAUUAAAGUUUGGGCCAAGAGUGGAGCUGUGAUUGAGUUUUGUAACAAUAACUGGAGGAAACUUGGAUCUGGUCCUUAAAAGACAACUGUACCUAUGAUUUAUUAUUUUGUUCAUUAUUUGCCAAAAUAUUUAGGAAUGAAGAUGUUUCAUUUACAGGUUGAAUUUGUUUUAUGUUUUUUAAAUAAUCAUUAAAGAUUUAUUUGAGACAA